AACAGAUUGGCUGUGAGCUAAUAUAAGUGCAUUUUAACUAGAUACUUUUGCAGACAUGAAUGAAUGAAAAAAUCAGUGACCACUGACCGGUCAAAAUAUAAUUUUUCCAAAUUAUAAUAAAAAUUGAAAGAUAACAAACAGAAAGUAGUUAUGACAACAAAUGGAAAAAGACUAAAAAGACUUUCUCCUUUCACAUCUAAAAUUCAAGAAUCUCCACCUUCAAAAAAAUCAAAAACACUAGAUAACAUUCAAUAUCAAAUUACAACUAAUACAAAUAUAUCAAAUACUAACAUCAGUAUGAAUAAUUUUCAAGGCCAAACCAAAACAAAUUCAAAUUUCCAAAAUAAUUAUGCACCUUUAGCAGAAAAAAUGAGGCCUCAAAAUUUAAAUGAUUAUAUUGGGCAAAAGCACCUUCUUGGACCAAAUACUUUACUGAAUGAUUUAUUAAAAAAUGGUGAAAUUCCAAGCAUGAUUUUAUGGGGACCACCUGGUUGUGGAAAGACUUCAUUGAUCAAUGUUAUAAUUCAAGAAAGUAAAAGAAAUUCUGAUAUUCCAAUAAAAUUUAUUAAACUCUCUGCAACUACUGCUGGUAUUAAUGAUGUAAAAAAAGCUGUCACGGAGGCAGAAAUCCAAUUAAAACAAAAUAAACGUACUAUAGUUUUUAUGGACGAGGUGCACAGAUUCAACAAACUGCAACAAGAUGUUUUUCUACCUUAUGUAGAAUCUGGAACAUUUACCUUAAUUGGAGCUACAACUGAAAAUCCAUCUUUUAGUUUGAAUUCUGCAUUAUUAAGUAGGUGUAGAGUAUUUGUUUUAAAGAAACUGAGUAAAGAAGAUAUAAUACAUAUUCUUUUAAGAGCAAUAGAAUUAAUGGGUGGAGAGGUAGGUACAAAAAUAAAAAAGAAAGAACAAAGUCAAAUGCAACCAAAAUUUUUUAUCGAUAUAAGAAGUAUAGAAUGGCUAGCAGAAGUUUGUGAUGGAGAUGCGAGAAUAGCUUUAGGAGGUCUAGAAAUGGCUGUGGAAGUGAAAGUAGGAAAUAAUUAUGAAAAUAUAAAUAUUAUUAAUCUAAGUGAUAUAAAAAGUCAUUUGGAAAUAGCUUCUGGUUUGUCCGACAGUAAAAGCAGUAAUGUUAAUCAUUUAUACAAUGCGUUACAUCACAGUAUUAUUGGUAACAAUGAUAAUGCUGCUCUAUAUUGGCUUGCAAGAAUACUCGAGUGUAAAGAGGAUCCUGUACUUAUCGCCCAGAGAUUAGUCAAUAUAGCUACUGAAAAUAUUGCUUUUGAUAAUGAUUUAGCUUUAGAUAUGGCUAUGCAUACUUUGGAUGCUUGCAAAAUGAUAGGCAUGCCAGAAUCGGAUGUUAUGUUGGCCCAAUGUGUUUUAUAUUUAACAAGAGCAGAAAAAUGCAGGAAAAUACCAAAUGCUUUAAUAAGAGCUCAAUGUGCCAUUGAAAAUUAUGUAGGGCCCCAACCAAAAGUUCCACUAUUUAUUAAAGAUACCACAGCUCAAGGAAAAUUGAAAGCUACCCAAGGUGCUAAUUAUAAAAAUAUAUUGCAACAAGAAAAUUUGGAAAAGAAUCACUUACCUUUUGGGAUGGAAAAUGCUGAUUUUUUUCAAGAUUCUUCAUGAUUCAGAAUCAAUAUACUAUUUAUUUAUGUAAAACUUUUAUAUAAAACUUUUAUAAGAUUUUUUUAACUUACUGCUGUCAGGUUACAGCAUAACUCGAGAAUCUACAUAA